AAGAUCGUCACGUUGACGCAAUGAAAAGUUCACCACGCUUAAUGUUAGGAAAACAAUACACAGGGAAAGGUGUAUAUAUAUAGAUAGGAAGUUGCUAUAUAUCAGUUAAAUUAAAGAUAUAUUAAGAAGAAGCAUCUACAAAAGAUAUGGGAAGUGAAGAAAGCAAACCACAACCGUUUUCGUUGCAUUCAAAAAUGGUUCAUAAUCAUACAAAAAUACUAACUGGAGAGAAAGAUCAACAAUCUUAUCCUGAAACGAUUGAAGAAUAUUGUCAAUCAUUAGUUGGACUUCGAUUUCAUGGACAAACAAGUGAUAGACAGGAAACAGAUACAUCCAAAAUGGAAGGAGAUGAGGAUUUGGGACAAUUUCUUCUGAAAUUGGAUGAAUUUAUGAGAUCAGACAGCUUUGAAGAAUACUCUGAAUUACACGAAAGAAAGUUUUUAGAAAUGGUCAAGCCUCUUGUCCAAUACAGAAAGCGUACUUCAGAAAGCGAAAAUGAAUGUUUUUCACGAUUGAAAAAGGAUGGAGAAAGAUUCUUAAAAGUUUAUAAAAAUCGCGGAAAAUAUUCUGAAGAAUUAAGCCACAACAAAACAUAUUGGGGAAGUAGGCAACAACUGCUAUCAGGAAAAGUCAUCGCUGAUUGGGUAGAUUCUUUUGGUGGACCUAUGGAUCCUGUCUUUGGUGUGUUACUGAAUCCAACAUCAGGACGCGUUGGACCAGGAGAUACGUCAUUCUUACACAAAUAUUUAUUCGACAACAAUGGCAUUUUUGCAUAUCACGCUGCUGUUCAUGAUGCAUUUGGUUAUCUUUUCUAUUCACAUGGCAUUGGGCCGGGUUAUGACUAUCUGAAUAAAAAAUGGUUGAGUAAUGGCAAUAUGUUUGCUGGUCAGCUCACUGGACUUUGGUUUUGGUCAAAAGCUAUUGCAGAUUACGAACAAAAAUAUUGGUUCAACAAGGAAGAAAAGUCUAACCGCAUUCUGUAAUUUUGCCAUGUUUAGUUUGUUGGUUUUUGGAAGAUCGAUCGUGAUGAGUUUAAUUAUAUGGUUAGCUUUACAUCUGACCAGUGUGAAUACCUGGUAACGUGUACAUCUGACCAGUUUGAAUACCUGGUUUUGUCUACGACGAGUUUGAAAAUAUCGCUAUGUCUUCAUCCCGUCAAUUGGACAAUUCACAUAUGUUUACUUAAAUGAAUAGUACUUGAAAUAAAUGUGUUAAAUCUUUUUUACGACAGGGAAGGCGCUUACAAGGCGCUAAUUAAAAGAUCUACGGUAUUCUUAUGUUUAUAUGUAAACAUUUUUCUACGUGUUAAUAGCCUUUAAUAAAAGCGUUAUUCAAAGUUUA